AAUUUUGUGGACACGAAAAUUAAUUUUUGGCUCAUCUGACGCUUUGUUGUGUGCUAAGUGCUGGCUUUUUGACAUUAGUUCUCCAUCGUCCGGAAUGUUACAUUAUCUUAUCCAAAAUACACAUACAAUUCCUAUGCAACCCUUUAAAAAGUUGUGUGUGUAUAAAUUCUGUUAAAAACUGAGAUGGGGUUGGGGGCGACAUUUCUACAUGUAGUUCAUUGACAGGUCAAUUACAAGGAAAAUAAAUGGUAGCCCUCUACAUAAUUUAUUGAAGAAGUUCCUGUCGGAUGCAAUAGGUAACCGGAGCUAAUAAUACACUUUCAAUGUAAGCUCUUUUUUUUCUGAGUAAUUACAUCGGCUAGCUAGAACUUACUUUCUUUGACUUGCGCAUAGCCUUAUUGUCCGCUAUAAAGAUUAUCAUGCCCCUAGGAAUUAAUAUUAUAGGGAAUUUUCUUGUUGUCCCUGUGUAGAACUAUAAACAUGACAAUUAUAUGCUGCUUAGGGGGAUAACUAGACUGUUAAUGUUCACAUGUCACAGAUCAAUAAAUGUAUUGAAAUACUGGCAAGACAAAUAAAGUUUAAUAUUUUUAAAGAUAAAUCUGCCUUGAGCUUCUGUUUUAACCAGUUUAGUGUUGCCUUAGCUCAUUUUGUAAAAAAAAAAAUUGAAAAUAUAAGUAAAAACCCUACAUGUAUUUAUAAUGUUCACAUAGGAAAUUCCAAAUAUGAAUAAACGCAGGUAAUGGGAAACACAAAAGAAGGGUUCUAUUUUUGGUGGCAAAGUUAAGUUGUCUGGAUUACAGGUAAUGGGUUCCCAAAAUGAAACAAACACAUUCUGCUGUGAUAGAUGGUAUUCAUUUUAUAUUUAUGAGUAUUAAGCUUAUUGUAUAUACAUUUUUGUAAUUAUUUUAUAUUGUUCUGCAAAUAUUUACAUAUGUUUGAUAUUAGCAUGUCCGCUAAUCAGCCAAAUAAAAUUAAUUAAAAUGAAAGUGAAAGUAUAAGUUUUCUUAUUUUCAGAAAAUAUAUUAAGGUUAAAAUAAAGACAACCAAAGCGGAAAGUUAUAAAUAGACACGUUGGAAUAAAUGUAAAUAGACAACUCAUUAUAAUCAAACAAACAGAUGUUCGUCCUCAAAUGCUACCGUUAAACAAUGGCAGCUGAAAACCUUGUUCUGACAGUAGGCAAGACAAGAAGUUGGAAAAUUCUUCGUCUUAUAGUCGAUGGAGGUACAUUAGUCUUAAAAUACACAUUUGACAAAGGUACAUCACACCGGAAAGCAUUUCUUACUGAAGAAAAGCCCAACCUGCUUGGGGCCCUGUCUAAAAAUGCAUUAACAAAAACACAAUUCAUCUUGUUGUAUCCUCCGUCUGGUUCAUCAUCGUCAGCAGAUUAUGAUAUUACACUUUUAGUUGCACUACACCGGACAUGUUUGUGCUCAAAGAAGGAGAACGAUCCUGUAUGGAGAUUUGGUAAUACACCGCAUCAAAACGACCAUUCUGUUGAGGCAGACAUUGUCCGUUUAAGAGAUUCAAGAAAUGAGUUUUUGCAUCAACCCAUACCUGAAUUAACCGAGAAAGAGUUUGACACAAAAUGGCAGGAUGUUUGUCAGGUUUUACUGCGUCUUGGGCAAGGCAUGCCUGACUUGAAAGAAACAUUAGAGAGAUUGAGAUUCGAAUGCUUUGAUAAAGAAUACGAGAAACAAUUGCUGACAAAAUUAGUUGAAUGGGAUAAACUUGACAAGUCAUUUGGAGAAGAAAUGAUGAAGAAAAUAGAGGGUAACAGUCAAUGGGCUUUUGCAAUAGUCGCUCAGAUGAAUCGUUGA